ACUCAUCCAAGUGGACUGCCAGGUCCACAAAAUGACGUAAGCUCCAGGCUUAUAUGAUGAGCCCUCGGGAACUAAAACUUGGCCAGCGCGUUGAGGUAACGGGUAAAAAUCUGCAAGGUAAGGUGGCCUAUGUGGGACGCACUAACUUCGCUGCCGGACUUUGGUACGGCGUGGUUCUGGACGAGCCGCUGGGCAAGAAUAAUGGAAGCGUUCACGGCAGCAUUUACUUCAAGUGUCCCACUAACUGUGGCCUCUUUGUGCGCGCCCAGCAGCUGGUGAGGAUUGCCGAGUUGCCCAGGGGAGUGGACAAUCGAAAAGCCGAUGUAAUGCAACGCGACGGGGCCAGAACGAAGCUUUCAAGGCGGAGUGGCGGUGGAAAGUCUGUGGAGGAGCAGGAUAACCAGAGGGAGCAGCAGGCAAGCACAUCUGGCAAAGUAAAGGCCACUCCUUCGACACCGUCACCGCAGCAUAAGAACAGGAACACCCAAUCCCCUAGUCAUCCGGCGUUGGCGAAGACUUCUGGGAAGUUUUUAGCGUCUCAACAGCAACCAUUACAGCUUCCAAAGAAUCCAGUGGUAUGUGAAGACAGUGUAAGUGAAGAAACUGGAGAAGUAAGCAUGUCUCCCAAGAGGUCAUCAGCUACUGAGCAAUCAAAGGAGCUUAUACAGCAGGAAACAAAGCAGACUAGCCAGCCAGCAAGGAAGGAAGAUGAGCCUAAGAUUGAAAAGGAGCUACAGAGGAUGGAAGCUGCAAGUUCAAGGCAGGAUGUAGCAGCCAAACCUCUCCAGACCAGCACAAUCGGGCAGUUGCCCUCACAGAAGGACAGUGCUCAACUGACUCCGCCACCUUUGACAUGUAACCAGAGGAGAUCCACAUCUUACACGCAGCUGAGACCCACAAGGAUUAGUCAACCGAAGCCAACCACGGCACAGGCGCAGAGCUCCACGGCGCAGCUCACCUUGGCCAUGCCAGUCCCCUUGGCUUUGGCUCCAAAGCGCAGCAAGACCAGCAUGAGUCCCACGAGCUCCAUUAAGCGAGCUGCGCCAGCGGCCUUCGUAGAGCCGCGUUUUCUGGAGAUCCUGAGACCGCAGUUUACACCUGGGCCAGCUCUCCGAACUCCCAGCUCGGCGGCUCCUCCUUUAGAUAACCCCGAGCUGCGUCAACUGAGAGAAGAACUUCAACUACUAAGGGGCCAAAAGAGCGAGGACAAGCUUAAGCUUCUAGAGCUUGAACGGAUGCGUAUACACAACGAGCAGCUGAUGGAGUUUAAGUCGCAGAUAAUGGCGCAGCAGGUACUGCUCCAAAGGGAACUGCAGAGGUCGCGCCACGAACUGCGGGAAGCCCAGGAUGUGUCGGCUAAAUUAAAGAGGGAGCUGGACGAGAUAGCUGAGAGCAUAGAACUUCUCACUCUGGACAAGGAAAUGGCGGAGGAGCGCAUGGAGACACUGCAAAUGGAACUGGAAAUGGCCCAGGAAAGAAAUGACGAACUGAGCUUGGAUGUCGAGAUCCUGAAGGCGGAGCAAGAGGAGCAGCAGGGUCAACGAAUCGAGAAGAGUGAUAAACAAAUCGGAGCAGGGGUGGUCCCUCAAUCCUCCGGCGAGUUCCUUCGCUUGGAACAAUAUAACCAGCGCCUUCGGGAGACGGUGGUCCGGUUGCGAGACACUCUCGCACAGGAGAAGCAGACUGGGCAGCGAACGCACAAGGAACUGGAGACCAAGCAUUCGGAGAUCAACGAGUUAAAAAGCAUCAAGGAGUUGCUCAGCAGAAGAGUGGACAACAUGGAAGUGCAGCUAAUGGACUUGAAAGAGCAGGUAGAUGCUUCCCUCGGUGCAGAGGCCAUGGUUACCCAACUGGCAUCCUUAAAACUGGAGUUGGAAGAUCGCGUCAAGCUCCUAGAAGACGAGGUCAACGAACUGGAGGCGCUUGAGCAAAUCCAGGAACAGCUUAUUGAGAGCAACCAAGAGCUGGAAACAGAUCUGCGCGAGGAGAUUGAUAAACUAAGCGGUCAGGUUAAGAUCCUGGAGCAGCAGAAGAACGCCGCUAUGGAAAGCCUCUACGAUCGCGAUGUGACCAUAAUGAAAUUCCGGGACUUGGUGAGACAGCUCCAGGAGCAGCUCCAGCUCCGAGCAGAUGGCACCCUUUCCAUUGAGGACUUCAGUAGUGCCAACGAAUCCCAACAGGAGGAUGGAUCCAACCAGAGUCAGACGGACUACCAGCACAUUUUCAGUGUGAGCAAGGCCUACGGAAGGGCCCUGGAGCAGCAGAUCAAGACUGUGGAGCUACGGUUACAGCGCCAGCAUCUGGAGCACGUCCUAGCCUUCGUCCCUGAACAGUUCCUUUUGCGCGGAGGGGAGCACGAUGUGGUGCUGGUCAUGCUCCUUCUAGAGCGGAUGAACGAGAAACUGACCAUAGUGUGCCAGGCCAUUAACGAAAAGUUUCCCACGGCCUGUGAGUUUGGUCGCGAUGCCAUCUUCGAGGGCUACUCCGUGCAACGGUACAUCUUCAGGUCUCAAUGCCUCUAUCUGCUAAAGAGCCUUCAACUGGUGCUUCAGCAGUUCCGCCACGGAUUAACCCAUUGCGACUACGAGUUGUGCACCCAUGCGGCCAUUUACCGGAGUGAUCUGGAUGCCCAGGAGCAGCAGCUCGACGAGUUCGUGCGGCUGCUCAAGACUGGUCAACUGGAUGAACAUACGAACUGCGAGCCAAUUCAACGGGUGCUUCACUAUGUGAGUGGGUUGCACCAGAAUCUAAUGCCUCCUCAAACGCUUGUGGAGCUGCUGGACGAACAGCAACUCUACGAAGCUCUCAUCGAGGUCUACGAAGCGGGCUUGGACGCUGUAAAUGCAAAUGCGGGACUGAUGCACACCAUCAUACAAUUGGGCCAUGAGCAGACCGCGUCCUUCAACUGCAUGCAGAUGCUGAUGGAGCAGAGUUGUGCCCACAAGCAGAAGCUGAAGAAGCUGCAAAGGAAACUGAGUGGCAGCAAGACAGCGUCUUGGACGGGAAUGCAGUGUGCCAGGUAUCAGAGGAUCCUGGAGGCCAACGAGGCACUGGGAGCCCUUAUCCGACUCCUGGGCUCCACUGCCCGAGAAGCUAGCAAGGACUCCAAUGGGGGAAUUGCCCACGAGAAGCUGUGGAGGAUGCUGGUCCUCAACUACAACAAGUUCGCACCGAAUCAGGAGGCUGAGGAACCCAGGGAGGUGGAUGCCUACAGCCAGCGGUGCAUGCAGCUCCUCGAGGAGCAGUUUGACGAGCUAUUCGCGUUGCUGGAUUCCACAGAUGUGAACACUGAGUAUGUGCGUCAUCCCACUUGCAAUACUUUGCAGGAGCGGGCUGCCCAGGUGAAGCGACACUACGAGGACGUGAAAAACCUUGAGCUGACUGUAGCUGAGCGGGAGAAGGAAAUCAAAAGCCUCAAGUACACAGCCAAGAUGAAACAGCAGGACUACUCGGAGCUACAGGUACGCAAGGAGAUGGCCGAGAAACAGCUGAGCAAGCAGUGUCACGUGCUAGCCGGAUUUGCCGAAGCUGUGGAGCAGCUGGAGCAGUCGAUCCUGGCCAAGGAGGCAGCCCUCGGGCAGGCCUUGAAUAUACUAGCGGACAAGCUUUCCAGCCUGGAGCAGUCCCAGCAGCACUGGAAAGAGCAGCAGCAGGCGGACAGUGCCUGUCUGACCAGCACCACGAUAAGCUCCAACCGGGAGAUGAACAUGCUCCACCAGGCACUACGCCAGGAGCGAUCCCUGCGUGUCCAGCUCCAGGGCAGCGAGAUGAGAAGGACCUUCGCCGCUUUGGAACCACUGCAUGUUCCUCAAGCCGGCAGCCAGAAGCUGAUUGACCUGGAGAAGGACCUUCGCUCGCUGAAGAACCAGUGGCUCUUGGCCCAUCUGGAAAUGGGUGCUGCUGCCGGCCAACGACGCUCGGAGAUCGAGCUACAGGGCAGCCGGGUCCUGCGACAUAUCUUCCAGACAUAUUGCACACAGCAUCCGCAUCGGGCCAAGAACACCGAUUUUGGCCUCUUCAUCACCGAGGAUCUGCGGAGAGCAUUCGGGCAAAAUUUCUAGUUAUUUCGGUAUUCCGGUCGUAACAAAGGUAUACUCGUAUGUGAUUCGCGGCUUAUAUAGAACAUUAAUACUCGAAAACUAAUAAUUAUUUGUACGAACGUAGUUAUUUACAUGCAUAUAUGAAAACUGUACACUUACAUAUAUAGUUAAUUUCGAGUUUAUCUGGCAGUAAACAAAUUUUCAUAAA